AUGACUGUUGUGGAUUUGCGGGCGCUCACUCAGCCUGUGGGCAUCUUGCGGAUCUUUGCUGCCAUUUUAUCUUGUAUAUCUUUCAGUCUUGUGGCUUCGGUUGGACAUGUCAACAAUUCGUACUGGUCAUGGUGUAUGUUUACCUGGUGCUUCUGCUUCCUCGUCACCCUACUCAUCCUCAUCAUGGAGUUUACAACAAUGCACUCCAAAAUGCCUUUUGGAUGGGAGGACUUCAUCACUGCUUUUGCGAUGCUAGCUAGCCUCAUGCUCUUCACUGCAUCCAUUAUUUAUUCUUCCUUCUUCACUUGUAAAGGAGCAGCAACGAGCGGACCAAGGUGCCACUGCCAGAUCGGGGCCUCUGUCUUGUCUUGGGUGUGUUUCUUGGUCUACGUUGGUGAGGUGGUUCUAAACCGGCUUCGACCACAGGGGGAGCACAUUGGAUUCCUCUCCACCUUGCCUGGGAUCAUGAAGAUGUUAGAGACAUUCAUUGCAUGCAUAAUCUUCACCUCCAUGCACAAAAGUCAGUACUUCAAGAAACCAGAACUGGAGUGGUGUGUGUCCGUGUAUUCAUUGUGCUUCAUUUUUACGAUCAUCAUAAUUGUUAUCUGCACCGCCCAGCUAACGUCAUACUCACCGGUCUCAGUUGAAAUAGUGGUCACUGUCUACAACAUUGUCGCAGCGUUGAUGUAUUUGUCUGCAAUGGUCAUAUGGCCGCUCUACAGUUUCCAUAACAAUCCCAAACCUCCAAAUUGUGGUUUCCUCUGUUCAUGGGAUAAACUUGUAGUAAUCACUAUCAUGACUAUUUUUAAUGCAAUUGUUUACACACUGGACAGUGUCUACUCCAUUUACGUAGUGUUUUUUGUGGGAAGAGAGUAAAACCUAUUUGUGGUUUUGCUGAAUAAGUGAAGUAAUGUCCAAGACUUGAAUUAAUUAAUGAUUAAAAAACAAAACCAUGUCAUAAAAACUGACUUGGAUGAUAAGAGUUACAUUAAUAGGCCAAAUGAAAUAAAUACCACCAGAGUGCAUUAAGGCAUUUUUUGUUCAUAAUCUAAAAUCUAACAUCUCAUCUAAAUUGUGUUAUUUA